AUGCGAAAAAGUGUUUAACUUGAAAUGAGCAAACCCUUAAAAUAUCCAUCUAAUGAUGUUUCUGUUUGUUGGCCCUCUUUUUAAUCCUGUAAUUUCAGCUCUAUGCCAAUAUGCAAUGUCGCUGAAAACAAUCCUCAUAUGUCGCUUAGUAAAUUUAGCGAUUCUGAAAGUGAAAACAAUCAUGCUCCUAAAAAAUUAGAGAAACUUUGUUCAUAUCAUACUUACAGUAAUGAAGAAAGUCGAAAAUCUCUUCUGGUCUAAUCUGAAAAGUUCUGGUAUUCAAAAAUUAUUUCAUCUAACAUAAUAAACAUUACACUCUUUAUUUUGACCUUUUAUUUACCUUACUUUUACUAUGAGAACUUUAUGUAUUUAGAUAAUGAUUAUUUCUAGAGAAUCAGAUCCAUUAUAUUUCCCAGUUCUUCUUUUUUUAUUGAUUUUGGAAUUGUAUACUUAAUUCAUCAAAUUGCUUGGCUAAUUUCUGAAAAAUAAGCGAUUUUCAGUAUCAUUACUUAAUAUUGCAAUCUUAUUAACUUAUACACUUUGUCUUAAAGCCAACAAUAUAAUUUUAUUUACAAUAUUAUAUUUCCUAUUGUUCUAAAGAAAUUUGAAAUUUAUUUAAAAAAUGCUAAGUUUAAUCCUAUAUAUUAAUUAUUAGUAACACAUAUAAUUUAUAAAUUAGGUAAAUUAUUAUUACAAAAUUGGUCAUUUUAAUAUUAUUCUAAAUACACUACUUUGCUUGUAUUUGGGGAGUAGAAUUAAAAAAGACAAAUUAAGAAGAUCUUAUUUAUACAGAAUGUUUUUAUAAAUCAUUUCUUAUGUUUUUUUUAAAAAUUGAUCAAUUAGAAAAUUAAAAUCAUUAUUUAAUAAUAACUCAUUUAAUUACUAGCAUAAUAAUUAUAAUUUUUGUAUUUACAAUUUUUCAAUAAUGUCUAUUACAAAUGUAAAAAUGCAAUCUCGCUUUAAAAACUUAUAGAUUAUUCUUAAAAUCCAAUAUGUUAGAAUUAAAAGUUAAAUUAAUCUUAUUUCAUUAUUCAGGACUCUUUUUAUUGAUUGAAAAUCAAAUGAGUAUUAAAAAUGAUAUAAAGAAAAAGUAUUUGCUUGAAUAUAUAAAAAUGAAGUUGAUAAGAUAAGAACUCAAUCAUUUAAAUUUUUUAUCAUAAUCUGCAUUAAAUUAAAUUAGUGUAAAGGGAGUUUUGGGACAGAAUUUGAAGUAAUAAGUAUUUUUAAUUGAUUAUUAAAAGAAUUAAUAAGCUGAGAUUAAUGGAUUAUACAUUAUAAUUGCUGGAAAUAUAGAUAUAGAAUUUAUGGGAAUGAAACUUUAAAUUGAUAAUAGGAAGAUUAUUAAUUUAUGUUUGAUUGAAAUGAUGAAUACUUAAUAAUAAGGUAGAGUUAAAUUUGAAUAAGUUGAUAUGAAUGACUUAUUAUAUUUUUAUAUCAAUCAAAAUUAAUUUAAUGAUUGUUUAUAAAAACAAUAAGAGAAAGUAAUUUUACAUUAUUAUUUUUAGGAGAAGUAUUAAAUGAUAAGGGAUGAUGUUAUCUUUAACAAUAAUACUUAGGAAUUAAAUAUUCAAUGUCAUUUUUGUAAUCUAUUUCAUCCAACUUUUAAUUGCAUUUGUUUCAAUGUAAAAAGAAGAUUCACAUAUGAAAAAAUAUAUUAAGAAAGAAGUCCAAUGUUUUAGAGGAAAAAUAACAAUAGAAUUAAAGCAGGCAUCUAUUAAUAAGUAUUUUAUAAUUGAAAUUUAGAUAACUCAUUAGGGAACUAAUAAUAAUACUGUAUUUGAUAUUAGUUCAGACAGUUUCGAAGCCUUUUCUGAUUAUUCAAGUGAUAAAGUAAGUGUAUCAAAUUUACCUAUUCAUUUUGAAUAAAUUGGUAAGCAGACUUCAAUAACUCAGAUUCACAAAGAUAUACUAUAAAUUGAUAUGGUUUCAGACAAGGUUACUGAUCCUAUCAUAAGUAGUACUUUGAUUAAACAUUUGUAAGUUCCUGAAUAAUAACAUAAAAAUCAUCAAGGAAUCAGUUAGACUGGAUUUUAAGAUUUUGAUUCACUUCUUGAUAUUGACAAAAUUUGUGAAUAUCAAUAUUACAAAGCUAAUUUUAACUUAAAUAAUGUGCUAAUGAAAUUAAAUUAAUAGAAAUUUUGA